UGGCCGAACCCAUCAUCAUGUAGCUCUUCCGUGCCCCGUCCAAAAGCCCUGCGCUUUAUCCGAAAACUCUCGAACCAGAGAGGAGAGCGAAAGCGAGAGAUCGAUCGAAGAUGGCGGCGGUGGUGGCUCUCCAGAGCUCCAUGGCGUCCCUGUCCCUCGUCUCCAACUCCUUCUUGGGCCAGCGCUUCUCUCCCUCUUGCUUCCCCUCGCCGAUCAAUUUUGUGGAUAAGCCAUGCACAAUUGUUAUGAGGCUUCAACGUUGGGAGCGUAAGAAAUGUAAACCAAACAGCCUCCCCAUAUUGCAUAAGAUGCAUGUUAAAGUUGGCGACACUGUGAAAAUUAUCUCAGGUCAUGAGAAAGGUAAAAUUGGAGAGAUUACUCGGGUUUUCAGGCAUAACAGUACUGUGAUCGUACAAGACAUGAACUUGAAGACAAAACACAUGAAGAGUAGAGAACAGGGUGAGCCAGGGCAGAUUGUGAAGAUUGAAGCACCUAUUCACAGCUCAAAUGUGAUGCUUUACUCAAAGGAAAAACAACUAGCGAGCAGAGUGGGGCAUAAAAUCCUUGAGGAUGGGACCAAAGUUCGUUACCUCAUUAAGACUGGUGAGAUAAUUGACAGUGCAGAGAACUGGAAAAGUGUGAUUAAAGAAAGAAAGAAAGAAAGAGAAGAAAAAUCCGCUUAAUGUGAAGCAGCUGAAGUUCUCUUCAUGAAUGUGCUUGUUGACUCCAUCGCAUAUAUUUUUGAUUUCUUGCACUCACGUUCAUAAAUAUUUUGUUUCAAGUUGUGUUUUCAACUCUAUUCCAAAGUUCCCUUCAAUAACAUAUUGUUAUCACUUUGUUAUACCUUACCAUAGCCUUUAGACUUUUUCA